AUGCAGCACUCGGCCAUGCUCGCCGCCUGCCUCCCGAACUCGGCUAAACCACGUACUCACCACCUUCCCGUAAAAUGGCUAGAUGCAGCUAUGAAACAUGACGAUAUUAACAUUGCUCUCCACUGGACUCUGGUGAUCUUGACCGAGCAAGCAUUCUUGCGCCCUGGCCACUUCCCCUGCGCCUUGCCCCCUGCCGCCGCGGAAGAAUCCAGACAGCGGUGUCGGGAGGCCGCGCUGAAGAUCGGGAAGCUCGUAGAGGCGUAUCAGCAAACCUUCACCCUCCGACGCGCGCAGUAUGGCAUAGCCUAUGCGACGUCCUGUGCCGUGGUCGUCAUGCUCCAGCACACCCGCAACGUCGACGAUGACGUGCACUGCAUCCGCUUCUUCUGGUCCGCCCUGCUGGAGUACCGGAAGGGGUGCCUGUAUGGCCUGAAGCGACCGUUGAAACUGCUGAGGUCGCUCAUGCGCCGGCUGGAGUCGGUGGUGAAUCUCCUCGAGGCAGAGGACCGGGCGGCGGACGGGGACGCGCCUACUGUGGGGUUGGACUCUGCAACAGAUGCGGUUCUGCAUUGGCCACUGGAGGCGGAAGCGUGGGAUUCUUCAAUGUUGAAUGCUCUGGCAGAUGACUUUUUCCCGGCGGACGAGUCGAUGUUUGGUAUGUUUGGGAGACAAAUGCUCACAACAGCAUGA